UUUAGUCCACACCUUGGGUGACUGCAGCAGGUUCACAGCGCUGCUCCACCCUCUUUAGGACACACUUUACCAUUUGCCUCGUUCUUUCUCAGUAAUUCUCAGACAUCAGAGGAGGAAGCAGUGCCAGGCUCUUACUCACCCUCCUUCAUCAAGCAGAUAUCAUGGACAAGGGUCCGGAGAUUGCUCCGGGAACAGCACCGCCGUAUCCUGGUCCCCCUGUGGGAGUCUACCAAGCUCAGCCUGGCCCCGUACCUGUUCAACAGCCUGUUUACCAGUACGCCCCGCAACAACCUCAGGUUGUUCAGCCUGUGAACCAGGUGGUGGUGGUGCAGCAGCUGCCAACUGAUGUUCCUGGACAGAUGAUGUGCCCCUGCUGCCAGAAUACUGUCGUCACCAAAAUCGAGCACAAGAACGGUCUACUCACCUGGCUGAUCUGUGGCAUACUCGGAGUCUUCCUAUGCUGGCCUUUCUGUCUGAUCCCAUUCUGCGUGGAUGCUUGCAAGGAUGUGGAGCACCACUGCCCCGCCUGUAACAACGUCCUGCAUGUCUAUAAACGCAGGUGAAACAGAUGUGGACAUGGGAUGGGAGUCAUGUUGACACAUGUGAAAUAAUUUGGCUGUGGAAGGGCUGACUGAAAAAAAUCUGAAACUGGGGGAGAACACACGACUGUCUUUUGCUUAGAGAGGCUGCUGCAAUAUUUCGUCUUUCUGUUUUACAGUUUCUGAUCAGGAGUCAUUUGCAAUCUCACAUAAAAGCAGUUAAACAGCACUGCAGUGGAAACUCUGCUGAAUGAACAACAAAAGGCAGAGAAGUCGACCAUGACUAAAUAAACAUCAGUGCUGGGGCCAAACCUCUCCAUGCAAACAGAUGUCAUCAUGAACUCUGCGCAUGUACCACCUGCUCUCCUCUGUGCUGUACAUAUGUGUAGAUAGAAGAUUACAAGCUGUGAUUUCUUCCUUUCUCUUAUCUGUUGAAUGUAAAUGUAACGUGCAAAUGUGAAAAAUCUCAUUAUGAUGAUCGUAUUUUUUCCUGACCUGAGUGAUGUUUUAAAGCAACGAUGUAGGAUGGAAAUGAUCACAUUUUCAUGACACACUAAAUAAUCAAUAAAAUAAUAGGAAGAGUUGUUACAUAACUAUCAUAAUCACCUUUAGUUAGGCCGUUUAUCGAAUAAACUCAUUCUGCUAACAGUUGUAAGCCUUUUAUCACAGUAAUAACCAACUAACUGCUUUCAUGAUUCAAAUGAAUAAAUCACCAAUUAAUCGCUGCUGAAA